AUGUCGGAGGUAAACGUGUCACUAGGCACCCACGACGAGACUGCGAUGGAGACAGAGGGCUUUUUGGCGGCCGGCCUGCGAAGAUGCCUUUCUCAGAUGGACAGCACCACAAUCCCUUCUCUCAAGUUUGAAGCGGAAUUCAAACACCACCGCUACCAGCCUAGACCGCAGUCGACCUGUAAUACUCCCUUGUCCAAUCUGCUGAGCAACUUAUCCUGGAUUUUCCAGCUUCCAAGCUUGUGCGGGGCGAAUGACGUUAGGAGGGACGUCGUGAAGACGAUGCUUCAGGUUCAUGCGGCUUGCAAAGCUGCAGUCUUUAAGGAGCAGAUCUUUCACCGUUACAUAGCGGAGCGCCUUUACCUCCCCGUCAUGAAGGCUGUCGCGGAAGGAAGCCUGGUCCUGGGAGCGGAGAGGCGUGUCAGUCUGCUGGGAAUGUGGGUCCCGAGACGUUUUGCUUACUACGAUACGGAAGGGGCUCAGCAUGUUCACUCCGAGGCGAUGCAAGCAGCCUUCAACGCGGUGCUGGGAAGUGUGAGCUUCGACGACCAGGAAGAAAUUCUGCGUGGGUGGAUGGACGAACUCAAGGGAGAGAACCCCUGGGAGCCGUGGUUUGGAGAGUGGAUGAAGAUGUGCCUCCUCGCAAGGUGGAAAAAGGGUAGCGCCCGUACGGAUUGCAGAAGCUAUCUGGGGACUGAGCCCAAGAUCUCCUCAGCGCAGCAUGGCUAG